GUCGUGAAAUCUGGCGCUGGCAUUUUGGCGCUCGCGUGAUGACCUCGACUGCCGCGUCCACGACGUCUGCGGUGCGGCGGAAUCCGCUGGUGAAGCAAUUCGUGCUGGAGAAUGACCGCCCGUCCAAGAUCAGUCAUCUCAACUUUGGCAUGCUCAGCGCCACGGACAUGAUGCGCAUGUCGGAGGUCCCGAUCCACUCCAAAGACCUGUUUAUCAUGCCGACGCGUGAACCUGCUCCGAACGGGGUCUUGGACAAGCGUUUGGGGGUGUCCAACAAGUCGGACGACUGCGAAACGUGCCACCAAAAGCUCACCGACUGCGUCGGCCAUUUCGGGUACAUUCAACUCGAACUCCCCGUGUUCCACAUUGGGUACAUCAAGGCAACGAUCGAGAUCUUGCAAAACAUUUGCAAGAGUUGCAGUCGCGUGCUUCUCGGCGGAGACGUCCGGGAGUCGUUUCUCCGCCGCAUGAAGGACCCGACCGCCGACGCGCUCAAGAAGAUCAACACGCGGAAGCGCAUCAGUCUCCUCUGCAAGAAAGUCGUGCGGUGUCCGCACUGUGAUGCCAUCAACGGCACCGUGCGCAAAAUCGCGAGUCCGACGCUCAAGAUCAUCCACGAGAAAUUCCGCGCCAAGUCGGCCCAUGACAUGCGCACCGUGUUCGUGGCGCAGUUCGCGCAGGCGCAAGCGGCCAACUCGGACCUGACCAAUGCAUUGCUAAGCAAGGCGCAAGAGGAUUUGAGCCCCGUGGUCGUGCAAGAGCUAUUUGAGCGAAUUCCAGACCAGGACUGUGCGUUGCUGUGGUUGAAUGCGUUUGCCGGCCGCCCAGAGAAACUCGUGAUGAACGCGAUGCUCGUGCCCCCAGUGUGCAUCCGCCCAAGUGUUGCCAUGGACGUUGGCAGCGGCUCCAACGAAGAUGACUUGACGGUGAAAUUGCAAGAAAUCAUCCAAGUGAAUUUCGCCCUCAAGGCAGCGCUGCAAAAGGGCGCGACGCUCAAAAUGGUCAUGGAAGACUGGGACUUUUUGCAGAUCCAAGUCGCCCAGUUUAUGAACGGUGAUACCCCCGGCCUGACCAAACUCCAAGGGGCCCCCAAGCCCAUUCGAGGGCUGUGUCAGCGUCUCAAAGGCAAACAAGGCCGGUUUCGAGGGAAUUUGAGCGGCAAACGCGUGGAUUUUUCGGCGCGAACCGUCAUCUCCCCCGACCCGAACCUGCGCAUCGACCAAGUGGGGGUGCCCGAGCACGUGGCUAGAACCAUGACAUAUCCUGAAAAAGUGACGCGAUACAACAUUGCCAAGCUUCGCCAGCGCGUGAUCAACGGGCCCGCCGUGCACCCUGGCGCCAACUCGAUCCGCAUUGAAGGCCAGAAAUACACGAAAAAUCUCAUGUACGGGGACCGCGCGAGCCUCGCGGACGACCUCAAAGAGGGUGAUGUCGUGGAGCGGCACAUGGAGGACGACGACAUCGUUCUGUUCAACCGGCAGCCGAGUCUGCACAAGAUGAGUAUCAUGUCGCACCGCGCCAAGGUGCUGCAGUGGCGGACGUUUCGCUUCAACGAGUGCGUGUGCUCGCCAUACAAUGCCGACUUUGACGGCGACGAGAUGAACAUGCAUCUGCCGCAGACGGAGGAGGCGCGCGCCGAAGCUGCCACGCUCAUGUGUGUCCCCAACAACCUCAUCACGUCUCGCAACGGCGAACCGCUGGUGGCCGCGACGCAAGAUUUUUUGACGGCGUCGUACUUGUUGACGCAAAAAAAUAUAUUUUUCAAUCGCGAGCAGUUUUGCCAGGUGCUGACGCUCAUGGGCGACGGCAUCGACGACAUUGAGCUGCCGGAAGCCGCCAUCGUGUGCCCGAUCCGGCUCUGGACCGGCAAGCAGGUGUUCUCUCUGCUGGUGCGGCCCAAUAGACGGUGCCCCGUCAAGGUGAACUUUGAGCUCAAGGAGCGGAACUACACGACCAACCUGAGCAUGUGCUACAAGGACGGGUACGUGGUGUUUCGCAACAGCGAGCUCUUGAGCGGCAACUUGUGCAAGAAAACACUGGGGGACGGGAGCAAGAAGGGCUUGUUCUACGUGCUCAUCCGAGACCACGGGUCCGCCGAAGCCGCGCGGUGCAUGAAUCGACUCGCCAAGUUGUGCGCGCGAUGGCUUGGGAAUUUCAAAGGGUUUUCAAUUGGGAUCGACGACGUGACCCCGUCCAACGACUUGAAAGAGAAGAAGGCGACUCUGCUCAACAACGGCUACGACCGCGCCAACGACACGAUCGAGCAGUACCGCCGGGGUAAACUCGAGCUCAAACCCGGCUGCAACGCGCUUGAGUCGCUCGAAAGCGAGCUCAACGGACUGCUGGGGAAGCUGCGAGAGACGGCGGGCGCCGAGUGCAUGCGGUCGCUGCCGUUCCACAACAACCCACGUAUCAUGGCCGAGUGUGGAUCCAAGGGGUCGGCGCUCAAUAUUUCUCAAAUGGUGGCGUGCGUGGGCCAGCAGAGUGUGGGCGGCAAGCGCGCGCCCGAGGGGUUCGUGAACCGGACGCUCCCGCACUUUUUGCCGUACGCGCUGCACGCUGCCGCCAAGGGGUUCGUCAGCAACUCGUUCUAUUCGGGGCUCACGGCCACCGAGUUCUUUUUCCACACGAUGGGGGGGCGCGAAGGACUGGUGGACACGGCCGUCAAGACCGCCGAAACUGGGUACAUGGCGCGUCGGCUGAUGAAAGCACUGGAAGAUUUGAGUUGCCAGUACGAUGCGACAGUGCGCAACUCGGAAGGCAGCGUGGUGCAGUUUACAUACGGGGACGACGGGUUGAACCCGGCCUUCAUGGAGGGCGAUGACCGACCGGUGGACUUCGACCGCCUCGUGGUGCAUGUGAAAAACACAGUGCCGGACCGGUCGGGGGUCGCGCUGAGUCCGCUGGAGCUGCGCGAGUUGGGCACGGCCGCAGUCCAACGCGGUGAAUUUCAGGCGAUUUUGCCGCUGGGGCGUAAAUUCCUCACGGAAGUGGAGCAAUUCUUCUACAAGGCGGCUGCGACUUUGGCUGGGAUUCGAAAGAAUGUGCAUUUGCCUAUGCUUGACAAUUCGUCCAUGACGCCGUUUGCAGAUUCGUUGGGGGCGGCAUUCCUCGCUGAACAUUUGGGCCAUACCACCAAGGCGGGGGAGGGUCAGAAGGAGAAGAUCACGUCGCGCAAGUCGGCGCCCGCGGCGGCCGCCGCCGACCUCAAGACGGACGCGUUGGCGUACGUGGGGCAAUCCCAGUGGCACCGCACGUUUUCAAACUCGACGGAGCUGGCAAAGUGGCAAAAACAAGCCAAAGUACACGGCUCCCACGAGCAAAAGGAAGCGGCUCGACUGCUCGUGCACAACGUGUGCCGUCUCACCAAGGCUCAAUGUGAGACACUGUUGCGCCUAAGUUUGACCAAGUAUCACCGAGCCAUGAUGGAGCCUGGCGAGGCCGUCGGCGCCAUCGGCGCGCAGUCCAUCUCUGAGCCGGGGACGCAAAUGACAUUGAAAACGUUCCAUUUUGCAGGCGUCGCAUCCAUGAACGUGACUCUGGGGGUGCCGCGACUGAAGGAAAUCAUCAACGCCGGCAAGAACAUCUCCACUCCCAUCAUCACCGCCGCUUUGGUCUGUGCCGACGACGAGCGCAGUGCGCGGAUUGUCAAGGGGCGCAUUGAAAAGACAACGCUGGGCGAAGUAGCGGUGCACAUCAAGCAAGUGUUUGCGAGAGACCAGGCGUACCUGUCAGUCAAGCUGGACAUGGCCGCCAUCGACGCCCUCCAGCUCACGAUCGACGCCCGUACGGUGCGCCAUGCCAUCCUCGGGGCUGUGGGGAUGCCGCCCCGAAGCAUCAUCAAGCUCCUCAAGGAGCCGCAUGUGCUUCUCAACGCCCGCCGCCCCGACAAAUUGCGAAUCCUGGCGCCUGCCAAGUACAAGUCGGCGACGGAUUCGCGGUCGAGUAUGUACUUUGCGAUGCAGUCGCUCAAGGCGGCGCUGCCCAGCGUGAUUGUCCAGGGCAUCCCGACGGUGAAUCGGGCCGUGAUCAACUACGAAGAAGGUAAAGACAAGAAGCUGCACUUGCUCGUGGAAGGGUAUGGACUGAGCGACGUGAUGGGCAUUCCUGGCGUCGAUGGCCUCCACACAACGUCCAACCAUAUCAUUGAAGUCGAGAAAACGCUUGGGAUUGAAGCCGCCCGGUUCCUUAUUGCGUCUGAAGUCAGCUAUAUUAUGAGCGCGUAUGGCAUCGGCAUCGACCGGCGGCACUUGAUGCUGCUGUCCGACAUCAUGACGUUCAAGGGCGAAGUGCUGGGAAUUACUCGCUUUGGCAUUGCCAAGAUGAAGGAAAGCGUGCUCAUGCUGGCGUCAUUUGAAAAGACCACGGACCACUUGUUCGAUGCUGCGGUGCAUUCUCGAACCGACGCGAUUGUGGGGGUGAGCGAGUGUAUUAUCAUGGGAAUCCCCAUUGCAGUGGGCACUGGCAUCUUCAAACUGUUGCGCCAAGUGGACCAACCAGCCCUUGUCAAGCGACUGCCGCUCAUGGAACAGUAUGCAUAACCACCGCCCCAAGAAUGUGUAGCCAAAACAAAUAUCCCGUCGCUGUAGCUGUAUCUCCCUGGCCCACUCCUGCAUACUAAAAUACUACUAGUAUCAACCGCAUCAUGUGUUCCAUAUAUAAUAUGAUCCGACAUUGGAG